ACGUGCGCCCCGCUCCCGGAGCCCGUAGCCCGGCCUGGGAGGACCCGGAAUCGGAGAGGAUGGCCGGGGCUGGCAGCCAGCACCACCCACAGGGAGGAGCAGCCCCCGGGGCCAGCGCGGUUUCCCCCACCGCUGCGGGACCCGGAGAGGAUUCGUCUGACAGUGAAGCGGAGCAGGAGGGACCCCAGAAGCUGAUCCGCAAAGUGUCCACCUCUGGACAGAUCCGGACCAAGACCAGUAUUAAAGAAGGACAGCUGCUGAAGCAAACCAGCUCUUUCCAGAGGUGGAAAAAGAGAUACUUCAAACUUCGAGGCCGAACGCUUUAUUAUGCAAAAGACUCCAAGUCCUUGAUAUUUGAUGAAGUUGACCUCUCAGAUGCCAGUGUCGCUGAAGCAAGCACAAAAAAUGCCAACAACAGUUUCACGAUAAUCACUCCAUUCAGAAGGCUGAUGCUAUGUGCUGAAAAUAGGAAAGAGAUGGAGGACUGGAUCAGCUCUCUGAAGUCAGUACAAAGCAGAGAACCCUAUGAGGUGGCCCAGUUUAAUGUGGAACAUUUCUCAGGGAUGCAUAACUGGUACGCCUGCUCCCACGCCCGGCCCACCUUCUGUAACGUGUGCAGAGAGAGCCUCUCUGGAGUUACCUCCCAUGGCCUGUCCUGCGAAGUGUGUAAGUUCAAGGCUCACAAAAGAUGUGCAGUGAGGGCAACAAAUAACUGCAAAUGGACCACGCUGGCCUCCAUCGGGAAGGACAUCAUAGAGGACGAGGAUGGGGUUGCCAUGCCUCAUCAGUGGCUCGAAGGCAACCUGCCUGUCAGUGCCAAGUGUGCAGUUUGUGACAAAACAUGUGGUAGCGUUCUCCGCCUGCAAGAUUGGAAAUGCCUCUGGUGUAAAACCAUGGUACAUACCGCCUGCAAAGACUUGUACCAUCCCGUCUGUCCUCUAGGCCAGUGUAAAGUGUCCAUCAUACCUCCGAUUGCACUGAAUAGCACAGAUUCUGACGGUUUCUGUAGAGCGACCUUUUCAUUCUGUGUCAGUCCUCUCUUGGUGUUCGUCAAUUCUAAGAGUGGAGAUAAUCAGGGAGUAAAGUUCCUUCGUCGCUUUAAACAGUUGCUCAACCCGGCUCAGGUGUUCGAUUUAAUGAACGGAGGGCCUCACUUAGGCUUAAGAUUAUUUCAGAAGUUUGACACCUUCCGGAUCCUUGUCUGUGGGGGCGAUGGAAGUGUAGGCUGGGUUUUAUCAGAGAUUGAUAAGCUGAACUUGAAUAAACAGUGCCAGGUCGGGGUGUUGCCGCUGGGGACAGGCAAUGACCUUGCUCGAGUCCUUGGCUGGGGAGGGUCGUAUGAUGAUGACACGCAACUUCCUCAGAUACUAGAGAAGCUGGAACGAGCCAGCACCAAAAUGUUGGACAGGUGGAGUAUUAUGACGUAUGAACUCAAAUUGCCAGCAAAGGCGUCUCUACUUCCUGAACCAGCGGAAGCGUCUGAAGGAUUUUAUAUGACGAUUUACGAAGACUCUGUUGCGAAUCACCUCACGAAAAUCCUCAAUUCUGAUGAACGUGCUGUGGUCAUAUCAUCUGCCAAGAUACUCUGUGAAACCGUGAAAGACUUCGUUUCCAAAGUGGAGAAGGCAUACGACAAAACACUGGAAAAUACAGUAGUAGCCGACGCUGUGGCCAGUAAAUGCUCAGUCCUGAAUGAGAAGCUUGAACAGCUGCUCCAAGCCCUGCACACAGACUCUCAGGCCAGUCGGGUUCCCCCCGGGGUCGGCCCUGCGAUCCCCGAAGAAGAUGCCCUGGAGUCCUCCAGUGAAGAGUCCCUGGGUGAAAGCAAGGACCAGCUCGUGAAUGACAUCGCGAAACCCUCCUCCCAGAAAGCCGUGAGACCCCGCGAAAUCAUGCUGCGCGCCAACAGUUUAAAGAAAGCAGUGAGGCAAGUCAUUGAAGAGGCUGGAAAAGUUAUGGAUGAGCAGACAGUUCAGCCCUGUGAGCCAAUUAGUCAACCUUGUGACUGUGAUAGCCCAGAAAGAGAUGAAUCUAAAGACGAUGAGACGAAAGAGGCAUUAGCAGCCAAAACCACCUCUCAGUCUCCUGAUGCCCAGGCAAGUCGUGGACAUUCCCAAACCGAUUCUGUUGCUGGUCCAGUUGUGGCCACCACCAAAGAAAAUCUGCCUGUGCUCAACACUAGAAUCAUCUGCCCAGGUUUAAGGGCCGGACUCGCCGCCUCCAUUGCUGGGAGUUCCAUCAUCAACAAAAUGUUGCUGGCAAACAUUGAUCCUUUCGGAGCAACGCCGUUUAUUGACCCAGAUCUAGAUUCCCUAGAUGGCUACUCGGAGAAAUGUGUCAUGAACAAUUACUUUGGGAUUGGAUUAGAUGCAAAAAUUUCAUUAGAGUUUAAUAAUAAGAGAGAGGAGCACCCUGAAAAAUGCAGAAGCCGAACUAAAAACUUGAUGUGGUAUGGAGUUCUGGGAACCCGGGAGUUAUUACAGAGAUCAUACAAGAAUCUUGAGCAAAGGGUUCAACUUGAGUGUGAUGGCCAGUACAUUCCUCUCCCCAGCUUGCAAGGCAUAGCAGUGUUGAACAUCCCCAGCUAUGCGGGCGGCACCAACUUCUGGGGCGGAACCAAAGAGGACGACAUAUUUGCCGCGCCCUCAUUUGAUGACAAGAUUCUGGAAGUCGUGGCCGUGUUUGACAGCGUGCAGAUGGCAGUAUCGAGGGUCAUUAAGUUGCAGCAUCAUCGGAUAGCACAGUGCCGCACGGUAAAAAUCACUAUAUUUGGUGACGAGGGCGUCCCAGUGCAGGUGGAUGGUGAAGCAUGGGUUCAGCCUCCCGGGAUCAUCAAAAUAGUACACAAAAACAGAGCUCAGAUGCUAACGAGAGACAGAGCCUUUGAAAGCACUCUGAAGUCUUGGGAAGACAAGCAGAAAUGUGACCCCAGUAAGCCAGUUCUUCGGACAAACGUGUACGUCCAUCCUGCAGCUGACCUGGCAACAGAAGAGCUGUCGCAGAUGCGCCUCUGCUCCCAGGCCGCGGAGGAGCUCAUCACUAGGAUUUGCGAUGCAGCCACGAUUCACUGUCUCCUGGAGCAGGAACUAGCUCACGCGGUGAACGCGUGCUCACAUGCUCUGAACAAAGCCAACCCGCGCUUCCCGGAGAGUCUUACGAGAGAUACUGCCACUGAAAUAGCCAUCAACGUUAAGGCGCUAUAUAAUGAAACAGAGUCUUUGCUAGUUGGCAGGGUCCCUUUGCAGUUGGAGUCUCCCCACGAAGAGCGGGUGUCCAGUGCCUUACACUCUGUGGAGGUGGAGCUGCAGAAGUUAACCGAGAUCCCCUGGCUUUAUUACAUCCUCCGCCCCAACGAGGACGAGGAGCCUCCUAUGGAUUGCACCAAAAGAAACAGCAAAAGCACAGUCUUUCGUAUAGUGCCAAAGUUUAAAAAGGAAAAGGCCCAGAAACAGAAAAUGAGUUCACAGCCUGUUCAGAAUUGGGGCACAGAGGAAGUUGCUGCUUGGCUGGAUCUGCUCAAUUUGGGAGAGUACAAAGACAUCUUCAUCCGUCAUGACAUCAGAGGGGCUGAACUUUUGCAUCUGGAAAGACGGGAUCUGAAGGACCUGGGGAUACCGAAAGUGGGUCAUAUGAAGCGAAUUCUCCAGGGAAUUAAAGAGCUUGAAAGGAACCCUCCCCACUGGGUCUGAGGCGUGGUCACACUGGUGCUAUUUCUGGGAAGAGAGGUCCUCGCCGCUCAGUGCAGAGCUCUUGGAAGCUGCUGGCUGUUCCUGUGACUGUAUAGAGAAGCAUCUCUGGAGCACCUCUCUGGAUCCAUGUUUUGCUGUGGGUGAAAGUUCUGUGAGGUAGUAGAUUUUGUGCCAAAAGAAAAAAGAAAUCAUUCCACAAAGCCAUUUUCUCAUUGUGCAAACCUGACAUGCUAGAAAAUUCUCAGAGUGGUGAAAGAAGGAUCGGAAACGAUUGCCUUGUCUAAAAAGAUGGAAUUGC